UGGCUCACCUUCCCUCUCUACCUCAUUAUAUAAUCUUCAUUCAACCCAAACCACACAUACUCUUCCCACCCUCAUCACUGAACUCUGUUUCGUUUUAGCUCUCCAAAGGUUCCAUCUUUUUCUACCAGAGUGAGCAAAAAAACCCCCUGAUUUCAGCCAUGGCUGCAGGGACUGGAGUGUUUGCAGAGAUUCUGGACGGGGACGAGGUUUACAAGUACUACCACGACGGGGAGUGGAAGAAAGCAGCUUCAGGGAAGAGUGUCGCCAUUGUCAACCCGACCACAAGGAAGACUCAGUACAGAGUUCAAGCAUGUUCGCAGGAGGAAGUGAACAAGGUGAUGGAGUCGGCGAAGAGCGCGCAGAAGGCAUGGGCCAAGACACCUUUGUGGAAGAGAGCUGAGCUUCUUCACAAGGCUGCUGCCAUCUUGAAAGAGCACAAGUUCCCCAUUGCUGAGUGCCUUGUCAAAGAAAUUGCCAAGCCUGCUAAAGAUGCUGUUACUGAGGUUGUGAGGUCAGGGGAUCUGGUUUCCUACACUGCUGAAGAGGGAGUCAGGAUUCUUGGAGAAGGCAAGUUCUUGGUGUCUGAUAGCUUUCCUGGGAAUGAGAGGACCAAGUACUGCCUCACUUCCAAGAUUCCUCUAGGGGUAGUUCUAGCAAUCCCACCUUUCAACUACCCGGUGAACCUCGCUGUCUCCAAGAUCGGGCCGGCAUUGAUCGCUGGCAACUCCCUUGUCCUCAAGCCUCCAACUCAGGGAGCUGUCUCAUGCCUCCACAUGGUUCACUGCUUCCACUUGGCUGGUUUCCCUAAAGGCCUAAUCAACUGUGUCACUGGCAAGGGCUCCGAAAUCGGCGACUUCCUCACCAUGCACCCUGGCGUCAACUGCAUCAGCUUCACUGGAGGUGACACCGGGAUAGCGAUCUCGAAAAAGGCGGGAAUGAUCCCACUCCAGAUGGAAUUGGGAGGCAAAGACGCCUGCAUUGUGCUCGAAGAUGCUGAUCUCGACCUGGUAGCUGCCAACAUAAUCAAGGGAGGGUUUUCAUACAGUGGCCAGAGGUGCACCGCGAUCAAGGUGGUCCUGGCCAUGGAAUCUGUAGCAGAUUCCCUCGUCGAGAAGGUCAAAGCCAGGGUGGCGAAGCUGAGAAUCGGUCCACCGGAGGAUGACUGUGACAUUACCCCUGUGGUGACCGAAUCGUCGGCCAAUUUCAUUGAAGGGCUGGUGAUGGAUGCCAAGGAGAAAGGUGCUACAUUUUGUCAGGAGUACAAAAGGGAGGGAAACCUCAUAUGGCCGUUGUUGUUGGACAAUGUGAGACCCGAUAUGAGGAUCGCUUGGGAGGAGCCAUUCGGGCCUGUGCUUCCGGUGAUCAGGAUCAAUUCGGUCGAGGAAGGUAUCCACCAUUGCAAUGCCAGCAACUUUGGCCUUCAGGUAAAACUUAACCAGACCCCAUGAUGAUCAACCUUUUUGAAAAAUUCUGAAACCUUGUUCACUAGUCAAUGUAUAGUGGUGUAAAAUUUGGCCUUACCUGAUCAACCUGACCAACAAGUUCAACUCGUAAUCCGAUUGACCCUCAACCUGAUUCCCUGCAAUCCAUUUUCACACCUUCAUCAAUACUGCAUCAGUUCUGAAUCACUAACCACAUUGAAAAACACCAACAGGGAUGUGUGUUCACAAAGGACAUCAACAAGGCAAUGUUGAUCAGUGACGCGAUGGAGACUGGAACGGUUCAGAUCAACUCCGCGCCAGCUCGUGGGCCAGACCAUUUCCCCUUCCAGGGUUUGAAAGACAGUGGGAUUGGAUCACAGGGAAUCACCAACAGCAUCAACAUGAUGAUCAAAGUGAAGACCACAGUCAUCAACUUGCCCUCCCCAUCUUACACCAUGGGUUAGUAACUUUAGCAUCUCCCCCAUAGUCAUCAUCUCCGCCAUUAUCAUUCCGAUCGAAGCGAGAAAAACAGAAAAAAACUGGUGGAUAAAUAGUGUGAAGAUUUCCUAGGUGAAAAUUUGCUGCAGCUUCUGAUCAUCCUCAAUUACCAGACUUGUGUAGUUUCUUAAUGUAUCAUCUUCUUGUAUCAACAAGGCUAUAGCUAAGAGAUUAUAAAUAAACGGAUGUGUGUGAUAUCAUAUGAACUGUUCAGACCUGUGAUUCAGUCUACUCUACUACCACCCUUUGAAAGCCUGUACAUUUGAUUGUGAUUUCGGUUCGAACGACAAUUCUAUCAGGGGUUUUUUAGCAAGCCUUGUCACUUUCUUUUUCCCCUCGUUGUGCUUCUUCAGGAGGUUCCUCUCAUACAAGCAAAUUGUGAAGGGUUCUUAUUCGAACAAGAACCAGAGUUUGAAAUAUGUUACCAUGAUCAUCUCAGCACAACCCUGUCAGCAGCAUUCUGUCUCAGAAAUGGAAUAAUCAGGCGUUUCAUACUAAUAAGGCUAUAUCAACUAAAAAAAGACCACUGUUCUUUUAUACUUUGAAUAGAUGAAUGUUGAUUGAAAUGCAAUUUCAUGUCAGAAUAUGGUUUCUCUGCAAAUGAAUGAAUACUUUGAGAUAUUAGCAACAAGGUGGCAGCUGAAAGUGCAGCAAACCAGAACAGUGCCACAGUCUCAAAGGAAAAACCCUUCUGUAACUCAUGCUACACAUUUCUCGAACCAACUUGAAACCAUGAAGAAUCCUCCUUCUUACACUCCAUGGAAGCUCGGCUCAGUAGUCCGUCACCAAACUCGAGUCCUAAAAAUCCAAUGGCAGGGGAACUUGGUAUGAUUGACGAAGAAGUUACCGAAUUUGGAUAAAAAAGACCGAUCACUUGUUCAAAUCAUACUACAGUGUCGUUAUCAUACAGAAUACCAUAUACCUGACUUGUUCUGUUUGUAAACGAUGUUAGAAACCGAACAAGAAAAAUUAGAGUUACGACGAACAAGGCUUCCCCCUUGGUUUCAGCGGGUGGGGGAGAGUAGUCAGAGUUCUCUUUGCCGUUUGGUUUCUUUGUAAGCAGUGACCGGAUUCUUCCUCCAAGUUUCGCAUGUAUGUACAGUAUUCGCAAUCUAAUUCUAAUCUGUCAUCU